GAGAGAGCCUCCCUGGCAUUACCGAGGUGUGCGACUAGAAUAUAUCAAGACAACAGGACUCAACAUGACUUUCUCCGGGUCGCGAAACCUCUGCUAAUCGCAUAGAUUUUAUCUUGAAACACACCAUGGGUGACGUCGGCACCCUGAACCAGCUGGGACCCGAGUACAAGUCUUUGAAAAUAAACCCUUCAAGAUUUAAUGAUGCCCUGCAGUACUCAUGCCAGUGGGGUGCUACUGAUGAUGGUGGUAUGAACCGUCUAUCUGGCAACGAUGACGAUAAAGCCGUGCGCGACUGGUUCAUCGCAGAAACCGCCAAACAUGGAUGCUCACAUAAAGUCGACACCAUGGGCAAUAUCUUUGCCAUCCGACCUGGCCAGAACAACGACCUCCCCCCAAUCGGAUUAGGCUCUCACCUGGACACACAGCCAACUGGGGGUCGGUAUGAUGGCAUUCUCGGAGUUCAUUGUGCAUUAGAAGUCUUGCGCGUUAUCGAUGAAGCAGGCAUCACAACGUAUGCUCCGCUGGCGAUAAUCAACUGGACCAAUGAAGAAGGUGCUCGAUUUCCUCCCGCCAUGCUGGGUUCUGGUGUCUGGGCCGGCCAGUACACCCUGGACCAUGGUCACUCACGCGAGAGUGUGGAGGGUGUUUCCAUGGCCCAGGAGCUUGAAAGAAUUGGGUACAUGGGGAAAGUCCCUUGCUCGAGUGAGCAAAACCCUCUGUCGGCUCACUUCGAGGUUCAUAUUGAACAAGGCACAAUCCUGGAAAAGGAAAUUCAGCCUGUCGGCGUCGUUAAGGGUGCUCAGUCCGUUCGCUGGUUUCGUUUGGUAGUUUCGGGUCGAGCGCAGCACACUGGAGGGACGCCCAUGGAGAAGAGAUGCGAUGCCAUCCUAGCAGCCGCCAAGGUUGUUAUCCUAGUCCACCAGGAGGCAACCGACAGGGGAAUACGGGCUACAGUCUCCACAAUCAAAUCAGACCCUCAAAGUAUGAAUACUAUUGCUGGAAAGGCAGAACUGAGUCUUGAUCUACGGGCUCCAUCAGACGCAGAUAUGGAUGAUCUGGAGGCAUCGCUCCGCCAAUCCUUUGAGAAAAUCCAAGCCGAGACGCGUACAAAAUUCGAAAUGCUACCAGUUUGGAAUUCUCCGGCAGAAUUUUUCGACGAGUCAAUGGUUGAAUGUGUUCGUCAGUCAGCAAAAGAACUGGGAAGCUCGGUCGAAAUGAUGAGUUUCAUCGGACAUGACAGUGUCUAUACAUCAAAAAUCGUACCCACAGCCAUGAUUUUUGCUAGGUGUCGUGAUGGUAUAAGUCACAGUCCUGACGAGUAUACCAGUCCUGAAGAGUAUCUCUGACCAAUACCUUGUGUUGUGGCUGCUGACCCCCUUUCUAGCUGCGCAAGCUCUGCUCAAGCUCUGCUAGGAGCCUAUCUUCGUAGGGAUCAAUACCUGCGCAAUGUUCACCAAAAGUAAGAGGCCAGUGAGGAUGCCGCCAGGUCUAGCAAAGACCAUUGGAACGACGGUCUAUCAAUUUUAUCAUCAUUAGAACACCGACGCACAAAAUAUGCACCUUGCCGCAUCCAUUAGGCCGAGAGUAUAUCCUUCCUCAAUCAAAGCCAUAUCUCCCUGGGCCAAUACAGAACAUAUCAUACAUGCUCGAAGUCUAGCCUCAAGAUCUCAAAAUCAACCAUAACCUAUCUUACAAUAACCCCUCGUCAUCAUGUUCCC